CCUUUCCUCUCUGGGUCCCCAGAUCUCCUCAUCAUGUUCUGGCCUCCCCUUCUCAUCCUUCUAGUGCUGUGGUGCACAGGUUCAGAUUCUCAGCCUGUGCUGACUCAGCCGCCAUCAGCAUCGGUGACACCAGGGAAGACAGUGAAGCUCUCCUGCGUCAUGAGCAGUGGGUUUGACAUCAGUGGCUAUGACAUAUACUGGUACCAGCAGAAGCCUGGAAAUCCCCCAAGAUACCUCUUAUAUUAUAAGUCAGAUUCCAGCAAGCACCAGGGCUCUGGGGUCCCCUCUCGUUUCUCUGCUUCCAAAGACACGUCUGCAAACACCUGCCAUUUAACCAUCACGGGAUCCCUGGCAGAAGACGAGGCUGAUUACCACUGUGCUACCUAUCAUGGCAGUGGCAGUACCUUUCGGUAA